GUUCUGGGCCUGAGCGAUAGGGCUCAGUGGUGGGGUGGGUGUCAGCCGUUCUGUGUUGGGUUACCGUCUCUCACCCAGUGAGUGAGUUCGCUGCAAGUCUGUGAGAACUGGACGCAUGAAUGCGUGGGGCCUUGUUCUUGUUUCUGGGCACCCCCUCACCCAGGCCUUACUCUUGGCUCUACCAUGGGAAGACUUUGAGGCCUUGGACAAGAGAGUCAAGUGCUUAGGCGUAUAUAGGAAGGGCCUGCACCCGGCUCCCUACCGUGCAGAGGCCCCUGCCUGACCCCGCAGCCCGGUCCCUGCAGCGCCGACACCCAGCAUGGACAUCACCAUCCAGCAGCCCUGGUUCAGACGCGUGCUGGGCCCCUUCCACCCCAGCCGGCUGUUCGACCAGUUUUUCGGCGAGGGCCUCUUUGAGUACGACCUGCUGCCCUUCCUGUCCUCCACCAUCAGCCCCUACUACCGCCAGUCCCUGUUCCGCACGGUGCUGGACUCGGGCAUCUCUGAGCUCAUGACCCAUAUGUGGUUUGUGAUGCACCAGCCACAUGCUGGAGGCCCCAAGAACAACCCCACCAAGGUCCGAUCCGACCGGGACAAGUUUGUCAUCCUCCUGGACGUGAAGCACUUCUCCCCCGAGGACCUCGACGUGAAGGUGCAGGAGGACUUCGUGGAGAUCCACGGCAAGCACAGCGAGCGGCAGGACGACCACGGCUACAUCUCCCGCGAGUUCCACCGCCGCUACCGCCUGCCCUCCAGCGUGGACCAGUCGGCUCUCUCCUGCUCCCUGUCCACCGACGGCAUGCUGACCUUCUCUGGCCCCAAAGUCCCGUCUGGCGUGGAUGCCGGCCACAGCGAGCGAGCCAUCCCCGUGUCGCGAGAGGAGAAGCCCAGCUCUGCUCCCUCGUCCUAAGCUCGGCUGUGGCCUGGGCUGCCACCCGCCGCGGCCCCCACGACCCAUCCAUCGGGGGACCCUAGAAAGUGGGGCCUUUGUCUUCCUUCUCUUUCCUGUUUUUCGUUCCUUUUCCUCUUCUCCGAGGUAAUGCGGGUUUUCGAGAGUAGCCUGGAGAGCCUGGGGCCUCUGCCCGAGGUGCUGCGACCUCAGGGUGACCCAGAUCCCAGCACCUGCCGGCUGGUGGGAGUAAACAGCCUUUUCUGCCUCUUUAGGCAGCAGCCCUGCCCUCCUGGGGGGUGCAGGCCCGUCUGGGCUGACCGAGAGGUCAAAGACCCGGCUGAGCCAUCUCUGGGUGGCUGCCAGCCAGGUGCAUCUAAGCCGUGGCAGCUGUGCCAGGGCCGGGCGUGUGCCUGCUCACCUGUCCCGGGCCCUGAGGUCCGUCUGCGGGAGGCUCUGAGUGCCGGCUUCUCUCGACCACCCUCCUCCCUCCUUCUUCUCUGUAGUACGCUCGUGGGGCGUCUGACCGCCCCUGACCAUGUAGCUCGUGGCAGUCAAUAAAGAGCAGGUGACACAAGCAA